AGAAGAGAACGGCAACGGAAAGCAUCGGCAAGUUGGAGGAUACGGACGCAAGCGCUGGGAUGGGAGCAACGUGGAAAUAAAGGAAUACCAAACGGAGCGACGUCUGCAAAGGCAAAGGAUGGAAUGACAGAAAGAGAGAAAGCAUUUUGUUGCUUGCGGACUUUCCUGUCUCUUCCCACUUCUGUUUGGAGCACCCCACAGUGAAAACACAUACAUAUGAUAUAUAUCUAAAAUUCCUAUACAUAUAUAUCAAAUUAUGCCUGUUUUCAAAGAAGCGGCUGCUGGACAAGGAGAGAACUGACCACAAUCCUCUCGUAUGAUUCCAAUAGAUCAGAUGCAACAAUUAGCUCAAAACUGUUGCAUAUUGGUGGCUUGAGAUUCUUUUGGGUCAGCUUUUGCUCAGGUGCUCGUAAUGUGAGUGGAAAAUUUGAGCAACUUGCACCUGAACCAGCCCAAAUAAGAACAAAAGAGCAUCUGCUGCAGUCCAAGCGGGCUUCCUUUGAAAACAGGACAUGUUUUGAUGUGCCGAUUGGUGGCACGCCGCCGCCGCCGCUGCUCUUGCUGUUACUGCUGCUGCUGUUAUUUGGGCUGUCGCAUCACCGCUUCACCUUCGUUCUUCACAACAAGCGACGGACAUUUAUUUUGGCCAAACUUGUGCUCUUGCACAUCUCACAAUGCAGAGAGAGCAGGUCUCCCUUGACCUCAUGCUGAUAUUUGGUGAGCUUCAACAAAAGUCCAACAGUCCGGCUUGGAAAGAGAUCAGGUAUAUUUUAUGGGGCAUUUCAAAUUAAGGGUAGGGACGAAUUUCUUCCUUUUAAGAGAACUUAGCCAAAAGUAAACCAAAAUCCAUGAUGUGGGAUUCUCCUUCAAUAAAUCCAUCAUCUUUCUUUUUUUUUUAUAGCGUCUCUUGUGCAGCCUCACUAAGACGUUGAGAGCCAACAUCACAACAGCAUCCAUAUUCUCCCCCCCCCCUUUCCCCCGCCCUUCCCUCCUCAAGUAGGACAAAGCUAAAUAGACGAAACCCAGCUGGUGUCCAGGGUCUGUUACAGAUCGUGGGGUCCGGACAUAACAGGACUUGCAGGGGCGGGCGGAGGGGAGAGGGGUCAAGCAAGAGCGGACCAGGUGCAUAAAGGCACUGGACUCCUUGCGUGGUGACUGGAAGCCGCUGACAAAGAAAGAGCAGUCGGGAAAUUGAAGCUGUCUGUGUGUGUGUGCGUGUGUGUGAGAGAGAGCGAGAGAGACACACACGUGCAAAAAGGAGAGGCGCUUCUGGACAGCCGUCAUCGGAAGAUGAUAGCCGGAUGAGUGCCCCAGGAGUUUUUUUGGGGGGGGGUUGUUUUUUCGAAAGAACAGCCUUGUUUACCUGUUGGCUCGUUGACCGAGAAUAGGAAGACGACGGAAAAGGGCAAAAAGAUGCCCACCACGAAAAUAAAAGUGCACCCGUUGUGCAUUGACAUUGUCAGCGGGAAGAUGAAAGACACGAGUUAAGCGAGGAGGAGUCGAGGAGGCAAGACGACUCCUGUGGGAAACCAACACACUCCGGAAUACGAGCAUGGUUGAGGAUUGAGAAACCCUCCAAAAUGGGAACUGUGGAUUGUUUGUGAGCCUGAGAAGAAACCCCCCGCCCCCUGCCCCAUCCCUCCUUUCUUCUUUUGACAGCAAACACUUUCACAGAUUGUUCUUUGACUGAGCAAAGUGGGAAACUGAUUGCAGGAAAUGCUACGAGCACGCUUAUUUGUGGCCAGCAAGCGCUUCUGAACUGGAUCCACUGCAAGCCAGCGGAUUUGCAUUUUUUUCCAACUUCUGGAUGCCAAAUGGCUUCAUGAAAGGUUCUUGAAUGUUGAGCCUAUCAGUCACCCAUCAACACUGAGGCAUCAAGACCAAAGGACCUAAGAUGUCUGCCUACCUGCAACCAAUGCUGGUCAGCUUCUCAGCGGCCAUUCUUCUCGCUUUGACGUCUCCGGGUGGACUUCCCCAUCGGCCUUUGGGUCAGGUUUCAGCCCAGGCUCCUCCGAAUAACUUCACAACUGAGCCCUCGGUGUUACCGGAGGCCGCCCUGGCGACGCCGACUGCGGAAACGGAGGACAAAACUCCAGGCGGCGCGAAUCGUUGCUGGGGCUACUACGACGUCAUGGGCCAGUGGGACCCACCGUUCAAUUGUAACGCGGGGAUCUACAGCUUUUGUUGUGGCUCCUGCUUCUAUCGCUUCUGCUGCCAAUUCAAAAUCCACAGUUUGGAUCAGACUUCCUGUUCAAACUACGACACGCCCGUCUGGGCAAACACCGGGCGACCGGCGGCACCCGUCACAGAGGUCCACCAGGAGCCAGAUCGCGACCGAACCCACAUGAUCGUGUAUAUUAUCUGUGGCGUGGUGGCCAUCAUGGUGCUCGUCGGAAUUUUCACCAAGUUGGGUCUGGAGAAGAGUCGAGGCGGACAAACGGAUAUGACCAAUUCCAGGACUUUGACAGAGCUGCUGAAGCAGCCAGGCGAGGCGGGAGUUGCGGAUGGAACCGGGAUACACCACCCUAUAGGGACCAACGGGAUCUCGGCCAGGGCGUUACGCUCCAACAACGAUCAUAACCAUUUGAAUAAUGCAGCCCUGUCUCCUCUGGGUCCAGCCAUGGCCUUGUCUCACCCGCAUAACAACCUGGGAAUCGGUUUCAACAAGUACUCCUCACUCAAGGGUGUCGAUACGGCACCUCGAGACUACUACAAGAGCUACCCGAUGGUGGAUUACACCCACCACCAGUCUCCUCCGACUUUCCAGCCAAUCAACUUCCACCCAAAGGAGAAAUCCUUCCUCCCGCCACCCGAUAUCCACGCUCCGCUGGCCAUUACCAUCAACUCCUCCCAGAUCCCCAAGCCCAAGAUCUCCAAGACCAACACCCACCCGCUGACGUCGGGCUCGGCCUUCAAAGCGUGGGACCCCAGCAAGGGCCACGCCCAGCGCCCGGCCGCCUCGCACAUGGUCCUUCAGCCGCCGCAGCAUCACCACGCCGUCCAGCAGCAGCAUCACCAAGCGCUGCACCAUCAGCCCAACAGCCGGCGCCAGGCCUACUCCAACAAACGGCAGUUCAGCAUCGAGACGCUGCCCGAGCUCUUCUCCCAGCCGCUGGGCUACGGCCACUCGCCGCACGUGCACCCCAAGCACAAGGGACUGCCGACCAACAGCAAAACGGAGGUCACCGUUUGAACACCGAGACGUCCGGAAGGGGGAGG